CUCUCUCUCUCUCUCUCUCUCUGUCUCUCUCUAUGUGUGUAUCUGGAAAAGGCGAAGAGAACAGAUCAGGAGAAAGAUAGGGAGAGAUUAGAAGCGGGAUAGAAGGUAAAGAAGGGGAGGGGCAUGGAGUCGAUCGCACGGGUGUCGGACAACACUAAAGGGCUGAUCUUGGCCGCGGUGUCGGGUGCGUUCAUCGGCGCCAGUUUCAUUUUGAAGAAGAAGGGGCUCAAGCGCGCCGGCAGAUUCGGCAUCCCUGCUGGUUUUGGAGGGUAUGCAUACCUAUUAGAGCCUUUGUGGUGGGCUGGCAUGCUAACAAUGAUGAUAGGUGAGGUGGCAAAUUUUGUGGCUUAUGUUUUUGCCCCUGCAGUUCUUGUAACUCCUCUUGGUGCAUUGAGUAUUAUUGUCAGUGCUGUUUUGGCACACUUCAUGCUGAAAGAACGAUUACAGAAACUAGGUGUUUUGGGGUGUGUGUCCUGUAUCGUUGGCUCAGUUGUUAUCAUAAUUCACGCACCUCAGGAGCAUUCUCCGAGUUCUGUAGAAGAAAUUUGGAAUCUAGCUACUCAACCUGCAUUUUUAGUUUACUCUGGAGCUACAUUAUCAAUUGUAUUGGCAUUAGUACUACACUUUGAACCUCGUUAUGGACAGACCAACAUAUUGGUUUACCUUGGCAUCUGCUCUCUAAUGGGCUCACUGACGGUUGUUAGCAUCAAGGCCAUUGGAAUUGCAAUAAAACUUACAUUGGAGGGAAUGAGUCAGAUUGCUUAUCCACAGACAUGGCUAUUUGUCACAGUUGCUGUCGUUUGUGUCAUCGCUCAAUUGAAUUACUUGAACAAGGCACUGGAUACCUUCAAUACAGCAAUUGUCUCCCCAAUUUACUAUGUUAUGUUCACCACUCUCACGAUAGUGGCAAGUGCAAUAAUGUUCAAGGAUUGGUCUGGUCAAGAUGUAAGCGAUAUAGCUUCUGAAUUGUGUGGGUUUAUAACAGUUCUCUCCGGGACAGUCUUAUUGCAUACAGCCAGAGAGCAGGAAAUGGCUCCUGCAGCAGCUUCCAUAUCUUGGUACAUUAAUAGAGGAUCUGCUGAUACAUUGAAGAAUGUUGAAGAGGACCAUUUUGUUAUGUUACUAAGUUCAGAUUCUCCAGAUUAUGUCAAGUGAUUUUGUAUCAAAGAAAUCUACAUGGACCAUAUUCUCGUUGGCACCUGGUGGAAAUAGAGCGGCUACAGUCAUUCCCUUCAGUACUUUAUUCUAUUCUUUCAUGGAGUUGAAGUUGAGAUAAGUUAAUUUUUUUGCGGUUUUGGCGUAGAAGCAGGCAACCUUGUAGAUCAGCGUUGCAGAGGGUACGGUAUAGCCAGCCAGUGAAUAAACUUUUCGGCAAUUUUGCAAGGCAUUUCUUUGUACAUAGUUGUUUGUAAAUUAGACUGUUGUAGUGAAAUACUUUGGUUCAUAAAUUCAAAAAUGCCCAUUUAUAUCACAUUUUCAUGUGGUCACUCAGGCAGGGCAUACUUUUAUUGCA